AUGGAAAACGAACUAGGAUCGGACAUUGAACUGAUCGAAGAUGAGAAUAUGCUACGGGAAAUGGUACGAAAUGAUUAAAUUUGUUUAAAAAAAAUCUAGUUAUUUACUUUUCUUUUCUUUUAGUGGCAAAAAACCGAGGACUAUAGAAAAAAGAAAGAAAUUCGUAUGAGGAUGUUUAAACUUCGGAAAAGACAUCUUAAAGAACUUUACACAACGGAAGAUAUAAUUCAAACUAAUAAUACAUCGGAACGCUGUUCGACAAGCACUCAUACGAAAUCUAUUACGGAUCAUGGAUUUAUAACGAAGAAAACGAAAGAGAUUAAAGAUUCUCAAUCACCCUCACAAUGUUACAUAAAAAAAUUAAAUACUAAUACUAAUUUUCGAGUAAAAGAAGUAAAACCAAAAAAAAAAUCUCCAGUAAAACAACGAGAACAUUUUUCAGUUAAACAAUUAAAUUCUUUAAUAAAAGAAAUACAACCAUCUUCUGAAGAAAAAGAUGAAAAAGAUUUAGGUAAUGAAACUGCAUUUACAGUUGCUGAUAGAGUGUCUAA